AUGGACAACAGCGUGGAGACCACGACAACCCUGCGUGGUCGUCACACCAAAGUCCCGGCGAAAUACCAGCACAACGGGUCUCUCGGGGCUGCUGUCGGCGGUGGCGGCUUGUUGUCCAGCACUCCGAACCCUCUGCAUGGCUUCAAGGGGACCGCUCGUUCGAACACGGGAGGCGCUUCUGACACCAACACGCAGAGCGAGGGCGUAGCUGGGGGGCCCGGUCACGUGGCGCCCACUGCUUCUGCGCAGCAGAGAACGGGUACAAGAAGCGCGGCCGACCAUCUUUCUCAUGAAGUGGAUGCCAUCCUCCAGGACGCACGUUUCAACUCUACGUCCGACGGAGGGUCCAUCCGUGUCGGCUCAUCAAGCAGCGACUCAGGGAACAGCGACAGUGAGUCAGAGGACGAUGACCGUGGCCGACAACACGGCAGGGGAGCAGGCGGAGCUGACGGAGGAAGCUCGAGCGGAGCUGGCGGGGGCAGGUUGAGCCGAGCUGGCAGCAGCGCGGCGGUCGAGUCGGUGACAAGGACCAUGCGUCAGCUUCAAAGCUCGCUGAAUCGCAACCGCAACAAGAGCUACAACAAGUGGUCGGCUUACCUGCUCAGGGAAGCCUGCGCACCGCGGAGGCUCAGCGGCUACUCGAGGUCAAAAGGCACAGACAAGAUGGCAGCGGGGUUGACGCAGCACGACAUCGUCAUGAGCAGGACCAGUCCGUAUCUCGCUGACUUGGAGGACAAGGCAACAGGUGGAACGCCACCAUCGAAGCCGCCAGCAUCCAGCGCGGAGGCGCAACGAGUUCCUCAAGACCUCAUCACAGCGGUACGCGCUGCAAUCCGGAGUGAGCUCAGCCCCGAGCCGAACAAGAUGUACGACUGUGAUGGCAAGUCGUACACGGUCGCCGCCAUCAUGGCGGCGAUCAAGGAGGAAGAUCGCGCCGAUGGGCGGGGCGAGGGCAUCGGACAGCGGAGGAAGAGCAAGCACUGCGCCCUCGCUUUUCUGAGCAAGAAGGAGCUGGACGCCAAGCAGAAGGGGACGACCCGAGACAUCCAUCUCGAGAUUUGGGAGGCGUUCAAGGACAAAAAGUUCAAGCCCGGUUCCUUCGCGGACGACAGCAACAUCUUUGGCGCCGGUAUCAACCCCAACGUCGUACACCAGCCGGACAUCAGCUUCCAGAAGUUCGCGACCAUGAGGACCGACCUCUUCAAGGACCACGGCGAAAUGUACUCCAACUUCAAGAAUUCUGGCAGCAACGGAGAGAUGUUUUCCUUCUGCAAGGGGCUGACGGCCGAGAAGUACCCUGACAUCCUGGCCGUGUGCGACCAGAUGCUCCCCGACGGCACCGCGAGGAAGAGUACGGGGGUGGAGACCGCGGGAGGCGGACACAAUGGUGCCCAGGGCGCUUCGGCGGAUGCUAGUAAGCGGAAGGUCGCGAAAGNAGGGCUGACGGCCGAGAAGUACCCUGACAUCCUGGCCGUGUGCGACCAGAUGCUCCCCGACGGCACCGCGAGGAAGAGUACGGGGGUGGAGACCGCGGGAGGCGGACACAAUGGUGCCCAGGGCGCUUCGGCGGAUGCUAGUAAGCGGAAGGUCGCGAAAGUGGAACCCAGGGAGAGGAACGUGGGCGUCAGCGGCCACCAGAAGAAAAAGAAGAAGCAGGACGCCCAGAUCGAGAACACGGCGAAGAUCGCUAUGUCCGCGGUGAAGGGGGAGCUCGGCCUUGACGCCCUGUUCGGAACGUCGUCCGCACCCACGUACGCCGACGCCCCGACAUCCUUCUACGACACGAAGGAGGGGUUAGAGAACAAGGCGGCCAAACUCGAAUAUAUCGCCAAGCUCCGCAAAGAACUCCAGGAAAUCAAGGAGGACAUCAGGAAGGAGAAGGGGCUGGGUUCGGACGCUGACGAAGAAGACCUACAGCUCUUGCAGGACCGGGCGACGACCGUGACGGCCCAAAUCAAAAAAGAAACGGCGGCAGCUAGUGAGAAUGGCUAGGUAGCCGGCACGUGGGUGCGUGGGGCGCGGGCGGUUAGCACUUAUCUGUUGUGGACGGCGCCGGUUGUGCU